AUGUUCUACAUGUUCUACAUGUUCUACAUGUUCUACAUGUUCUACAUAUUCUACAUGUUCUGCAUGUUCUACAUGUUCUACAUGUUCUACAUGUUCUACAUAUUCUACAUGUUCUACAUGUUCUACAUGUUCUACAUGUUCUACAUGUUCAGCAUGUUCUACAUGUUCUACAUGUUCUGCAUGUUCUGCAUGUUCUACAUGUUCUGCAUGUUCUACAUGUUCUGCAUGUUCUACAUGUUCUGCAUGUUCUACAUGUUCAGCAUGUUCUACAUGUUCUACAUGUUCUGCAUGUUCUGCAUGUUCUACAUGUUCUACAUGUUCUACAUGUUCUGCAUGUUCUACAUGUUCUGCAUGUUCUACAUGUUCUACAUGUUCAGCAUGUUCUACAUGUUCUGCAUGUUCUACAUGUUCUACAUGUUCUGCAUGUUCUACAUGUUCUGCAUGUUCUACAUGUUCUACGUGUUCUACGUGUUCUACAUGUUCUGCAUGUUCUGCAUGUUCUACAUGUUCUACAUGUUCUACAUGUUCUGCAUGUUCUACAUGUUCUACAUGUUCUGCAUGUUCUAUAUGUUCUACAUGUUCUGCAUGUUCUGCAUGUUCUACAUGUUCUACAUGUUCUGCAUGUUCUGCAUGUUCUACAUGUUCUGCAUGUUCUACAUGUUCUACAUGUUCUGCAUGUUCUACAUGUUCUACAUGUUCUGCCUGUUCUACAUGUUCUGCAUGUUCUACAUGUUCUACAUGUUCUACAUGUUCUGCAUGUUCUGCAUGUUCUACAUGUUCUGCAUGUUCUACAUGUUCUACAUGUUCUGCAUGUUCUACAUGUUCUGCAUGUUCUACAUGUUCUGCAUGUUCUGCAUGUUCUACAUGUUCUACAUGUUCUGCAUGUUCUACAUGUUCUGCAUGUUCUACAUGUUCUGCAUGUUCUACAUGUUCUACAUGUUCUGCAUGUUCUACAUGUUCUGCAUGUUCUACAUGUUCUGCAUGUUCUACAUGUUCUGCAUGUUCUACAUGUUCUACAUGUUCUGCAUGUUCUGCAUGUUCUACAUGUUCUACAUGUUCUACAUGUUCUGCAUGUUCUGCAUGUUCUGCAUGUUCUGCAUGUUCUACAUGUUCUGCAUGUUCUGCAUGUUCUGCAUGUUCUGCAUGUUCUGCAUGUUCUGCAUGUUCUGCAUGUUCUGCAUGUUCUGCAUGUUCUGCAUGUUCUACAUGUUCUGCAUGUUCUGCAUGUUCUACAUGUUCUGCAUGUUCUGCAUGUUCUGCAUGUUCUGCAUGUUCUGCAUGUUCUACAUGUUCUACAUGUUCUGCAUGUUCUGCAUGUUCUACAUGUUCUGCAUGUUCUGCAUGUUCUACAUGUUCUGCAUGUUCUGCAUGUUCUGCAUGUUCUGCAUGUUCUGCAUGUUCUACAUGUUCUGCAUGUUCUGCAUGUUCUACAUGUUCUGCAUGUUCUGCAUGUUCUGCAUGUUCUACAUGUUCUGCAUGUUCUGCAUGUUCUGCAUGUUCUACAUGUUCUACAUGUUCUACAUGUUCUGCAUGUUCUACAUGUUCUACAUGUUCUGCAUGUUCUGCAUGUUCUACAUGUUCUGCAUGUUCUGCAUGUUCUGCAUGUUCUACAUGUUCUGCAUGUUCUGCAUGUUCUGCAUGUUCUACAUGUUCUGCAUGUUCUACAUGUUCUACAUGUUCUGCAUGUUCUGCAUGUUCUGCAUGUUCUAA